AUGAAUAUAUUUCCAAUCUUGCUUUUUGUUUGCUUAAUUAUCUACCAUGCGAAUAGUGCACCUAUAGCAAAUACAAAUGGAGCAAAUACUGUUCUAGUUGCAAACGGAAAAUUAAUUGACGACCUGACGUGUAAGACUGAUGAUGGACGAAUUGAAAUUCCAAUCAAUGGAAAAAUCCGUGUGGGUGCCAAUACUUGCAAAGUAUGUACAUGUACUGUUUCUGGAUUUUCAUGUGAAGAUCAAUGUGAAACAAUCCCAGCAUCGACUUCAAUAGGUGCGCCGGGAGAAAGUAGUACCACAGCUAUUUCAAGUUCUUCACCUUCACCCGAUCAAUUAAUACUUUCAUCUACUAUUCCAUCACAAGCAGUAUCAAAUCCGAAUUCAAAUGGUGUUAGUCUAACGAAUUCAACAAUAUCACCAUCGCGAAUUGAAAAUUCUGAUAAUGAUACAACAUCAGUUAUAGCUGGUGGACCAUGCGCACGUAUAGCAGUCAAUGGAUUAGUACCUUCGCGUGAAUUUGCAUUUAUGGAUUGUAGUGAAGUUUAUUUAGCUGGAAAACGAACAAGUGGAAUGUACGAAAUAUGGCCUCGAACAAGUCCAAAACCUUUUCGAGUUUUCUGCGAUAUGGAUACCGAUGGAGGUGGAUGGACAGUUCUACAACGUCGUGGUGAUUACAAUCAACAAUCAAAUUUUUUUGUUACAUGGUCAUCUUAUAAACGUGGCUUCGGUGAUCUUAAUCGUGAUUUUUGGCUUGGAAACGAAAAGAUUCAUGCGUUAACAAAUCAAGAUGAAUAUCGUCUUCAUAUUGACAUGGAAGAUUUCAACGAUCAAUCACGUUUUGUUGAUUACGAAUGGUUUUUUGUAACGGAUGAACAAACAAAAUAUACAUUAAAUUUAGGUCGCUACAUGACAACAUCAACUGGUGGUGAUUCACUAUCAUAUAAUCGUGGUAUGCGCUUUACAACACGUGAUCAAGACAAUGAUCAAUCUAUGUCAGGACAAUGUGCUGAAAAUUACAAGAGUGGCUGGUGGCAUGCUGGCUGUACCUUAGCAAAUCUAAAUGGACUUUAUUUACGUGGAAACGAUUCAACUGCGACAGGAGUUUUUUGGAAUAAUUGGUUGGGUGCAAAAUAUUCAUUAAAAUCAUGUGCAAUGAAAGUUAGACCUACUGGUUUUAAUACCGAAAUGCUUACGUGA